CAACUCUUUCAUAUGCAUGCAAACGAGAAAAACAAGCAAAACGCUAAAGCAAGAGAUGCUCCCAAGAAAAGAUGCCCACCAACCAUCCCCGCACAAUGCUUCCCUCUCCCAGAUGCAACGAACGAAAACGCAAUGCAAUCGUGUAAAAGUCGCGAUGAUGUGGGAGAAAAGUAACAAGAAGGAAAAAACAACA